CCCCCGCAGGGAGCCUUCUCAUCGCAACAAAAAUAAUUAUUAGAAUUAUUUUUUACUUAUAUUAUUAAUUAAUUUAAAAGAAAAUUUUGUUAGUUAGUGAUGAUGGCACGACCAAAGUACAAAACAUCAACUUCUGGAGUAUGCGCUGAUUGUGGAGCCCUUGAGCCAGGAUGGGCUUCCGUUAAUAGAGCUAUUCUGCUUUGCGAUGAAUGCUGCAGCAUACAUAGAAGCCUUGGAAGACAUGUUUCACAUAUCAAAUCUCUACACAAAGGACAUUGGAAUCCUCAUUUACUAGCAAUGGUUCAUACUUUACAUGACAAUGGAGCCAAUAGUAUAUGGGAGCAUUCUCUCUUAGAUCCAAGUAAUUCCAAAGUCAACAGAAAAAAGCCACAACCAAAGGAUCCUUUAUAUCCUAUAAAAGCAGAUUUCAUACGAGCAAAACAUCAACAAUUAACCUUCGUACUACGACAAAGCAAGGAUGAGUCAUGCAGUGAAGAAGAACUCAGUAAACAGUUGCACAGUAGCGUAAGAACUGCUAAUUUAGAGACAUCUCUUCGUCUACUAGUGCAAGGAGGAAAUCCAAAUUAUUUUUAUAAGGAAAAAGGUACAACUCCUCUCCAUGUAGCAGCUAGAGCUGGUCAAGCUCUACAACUAGAGUUACUCAUUGCCAACGGUGGUAAUCCUAAUUUGAUUGAUGCUAAUGGACACAUACCUGCUGAAAUUGCUCGAAUAACAGGCCAUCUAGAGUUAGCUGAAAGACUGAUCGAAUGCAUGUACGAAGUCACCGACAGAUUAACCUAUUUCCUGUGCUCUCGGAAGCCAGAUCACCGGACCACCGAGCAUCUCAUUAUUCCCGAGUUAACUGACACACUAGAGAGAAAUGAAUUAACUAACGAAGCACGUAGUCGUCUCCAAAUGCUCCCAAACAACUUACUAGAGGAAUUGACAAUGGAUGUUUACGAUGAAGUAGACCGUAGAGAGACUGAAGCUGUUUGGCUAUCAAGCACUACACUUCCUGAAAGGAGCACCGCAGUUCCUUUUCUUCCAGUUAAUCCAUAUCUUUCAUCAACUCGCAACCAAGGAAGACAAAAACUCGCAAGAUUUACGCCACAGGAGUUUGCUACGCUGAUUGUGGAUAUUCUUACUGAAGCAGCUCGUCGACAUAUGCAGGCUAACUGUACUCCACUACAAGAUCCUAUUAUAGAAGCUUUGAGAAAAGAACGUCCAAUUAAAAAUUGUGGGUCCCAGACUUCCGAUGAUGAACCUCUAUAUGACAGUGUAGCAUCAGACGAUGAUUACAUGACACUAGGAGUAGACAACAAUAAUCACCUAUCAGAAUUCAACAUUGACAAUGAGAAAACACUAGUCUCUACAGGAAAGGGCAUUUCUCCCAUCGUCCAAGCACUUAAAAAACAGCUCAAUAUUUCUGAAGCUACAAUUAAAAAUUUAAAUGAAGAAAUACGGACUUUCCAACAAACCAUAGAGCAGCUCACUUUGGAAAACCGCCAGUUGAAAAAUGCCAUGGAAGCAUACAUGAAGCCAAAAUUUCCUCAUUCAUAUGACAUUGUGAAUGGCCAUGCCAGCGGGGAACAAGAGUCAACGCCGGAGCCAGUAUCAGUUGCAGAUAAUAAAUCAUCAUUACCACGUGGGAAUCAAAGACCUGCGUCGAUGUAUGAAACACGAGAAGGCUUGAAGAAAACAGGACCAUGGACAAUGUCAAUUGUUCAAGCAAAACGAGAUGAUGAAAUCUCUUGUCGACCAAAUACAACCCAAAAUGUCUGGGAGUGUCAAAUAAGUCGCCCAUCUAAUGAUGAAGUAACUCGACGAACAGAGCAAGUUACCAAAAGAAUCCAAGAGCUUUGGAUGGCUAUGCAGGAUCCUAGUCAUAGAGAAGUAUUUGUGCCAUGUGCAGAAAGAAUUCGUAUUGCUGUAACCGAUUUAACUGCCAUAUUUUCCCAAAGUUCACUUGAUGAAAACAUUCGUACAGCUUUAAGACAACUCAACGGUAAUACUGGAAGGCUACAAGCUGAAUGUGCAGGUCUUCAGCGUUGUUCAAAUGACACUGAGCAUACGGAUCGUUGUCUACAACAAGUGCGAUCGUGUGCUUAUGAUAUUGCCAAAGCUACAAAGCUCCUGGUAACACAUUUUCAAAUAUCGUAGUGUAAUUUUCAUCACAAAAUCAUGUAAAAACCAAUUCAAGAACCAUUAAGCAUGCUCGUUAUAAUUGAUAUUAUUAUUAUUAUAUACAUUUAGUUAAAUUAUUAUUCUCGAUUUAUUCAAAGAAUAAUAUCAUUUAAUUAUCGAAAUCGAAAAGCAGAAAGUAUUUACACAAAAAAGUAUAUUAAAAAUUUUAUCAAAGAUUUAUUUAAUAUUAAACAAUAUAAUUUUAUCAUCUUACCAUCUUCGGAAAAAUAUAGAGACUGAGUAGCCUAUAAUGAAAUAUAUUUUUGAUUUCUUUUUACCAAGUGCAAUUAAUAAAGAGAAUAAUAAUUCAUUUUU